CUGUUAGUUUUCUGCGCUUAUUAGUUUAGUUUGACACCCUUUUUAUGUGUGAAGUGAACGCGGGAUUGUGAAACUGGGCUGUUUUCUUUAUAAAAUUGGAAAAAAUAAGAGUAAAUACUUUAGAGGAGGGAAUUGUAAUGCGUUAGAUAUAGAUACGUUAAAGAGUAGUUGUUUUGGUGGGCCAGAGCAUCAUUACCUGCCGAUACGUUGAUGUCAACCUGUGAACAACCCGAGUGCCUUAAUUACAAACUUUUGCAAAUGUUUACUGAAAGGUUACAUAAAUAUAUAUCCAAGUAAUGGAGUUAUGACAUUUAUUGUGCCUCUAGUACGACGGAGGAGUGUUAAUAGGUGUGGCGGAGAGUGGUAGUAAAUGUCACCAGGGCAAGUGGAACAGAGAGCUCGACUCCACCUCUCGUAGUGACCCAAGUGAGAGCUUGCCGACUCUUCUGGUUUAUUUCUGGUUAGGAUGCGGUGAGCCAGGGUCAUGGAGGGGUCUAAGGACAACAAGCUCCUCUGUAUGCACCGCCUCAGCCCCACGCCCUUCUCCUCAGCAGACGAGGGCGCGGAGAGUGGGGAUGACAGCGAGGAGGACAUUGUCACCAACUACCUCGCUGGGUCAACGGGGACUCCCUUAGUUACCAGGGACAACCCCACAUCCCCUCACCAUCACCACCACCACCAUCAUCACCACCAUCACCACCACCUCCUGCAGCAACAGCACCAACAGCACCAGCAGCACCAACAACAGCAGCAGCAGCAACAGCAGCAACAGCAGCAGCAACAAGAGCGCAGCAUGCAGCAGCAGCAGCAGCAACAGGUGGUGGUGGCGAGUGUGCAGCCCGCCCACGCCCACGGGCCGCCUCGUCGCCUAGUGCGCAUGGCAGAGAUCCCUACCAUGGACUCCAUCACAGCGGAGAGCCUGGGCAUGGGUGCCUCGGACGCCUUCAUCCCGCCCAUACCCACCAUCAGCAUCACGCCUCACUCACCCAUCGCUCACAAGCCCUUCACCGUGCUCGAGUGGUCGUGGCCUGAGCCGCCUGAGCUCGUCGUGUCCCUCGCUGAACGUGGACGGGGAAGAGGUCGACGAGGACGACUCUCCUUCAUGUAAGUCCCCCGUCGAGUCCAGUCCCACCCUGCCAGGAGCCAGCAGCGGCAGCAGCAGCAGCCACCACGCCCACCAGUCCAGACGGGGGUCCGCGCGCCUCUCUUCACGCUCCGACGACGGCGAGGCGACGACCAGCCCCAACACCCCCAAUACGCCCAUUACCCCCAACACGCCCAUCACCUCCAGCUCCCUCGACGAGCACCAUCUCUGUCCCGAUACCCCCAAAAUCCGGGUCAACGACUCCACGCCAACAGGUUCAGAAGAGUUCCUGGACGCGAGGAAGGGCCGCAGCGGCAGCACCAGCGACUCGCACCGUCGGCGCUCCUGGUCUGGCCUCUCAGACGAGGAGAAGAAGCGGGCCAGGCAUAGAAGAGUAUACCAGGAACUUCAGCAACACAUGCAGGCGACGCUGCCACCACUCUCACCACAAGAUGAACCAUCACCACCACCAUCACCACCACCAUCACCAUCACCAUCACCACCCCUGCCACACCACCACCCACAUCUACCCCUACAACCACCCCCACCACAGUUGCCCCCACUGCACCUCCCGCCUAAGCCAACGGUGCCGCACCACCCCCCGCGGCCACCGCGGCUGCCGCCACUCCCCGCGCCGCCGCCGCCGCUCCCCGCGCCACUAACACAGCACCAUGCCUAUCUGCCGCCACUGUGCCAGCACCAACAGCCUCCUACCUCACCGCCUCAUCUCCCGUCAUCUCCGCCUUGGCUCCCCCCCCAGCCACCGCGAGCAGCACCCUCACUCCCGCUCACCACGUCAUUACCAAAGCCAAUGCUCCCACUGCGAUCAAAGCCACCACUCCCUCCACGGUCAUGGUAUAAACAGCCGGUGGCAUCUCUACCGCCAUCAACAACUAGAACUCACACCGCCAUCAGCAGCAUCAGCCUAAGCAGCUUAGAUUCUGAUGCUGAGGAAGCCUUCUACGAUGCUGAGGACAGCACCAACACCCAGGGGUCGGACAGCGUGGAUGGCGGGUGCCGUCGGGCAGCGGAGAAGCAGCGGUCCAUGUCGGGGUCGUCGUCUCCUGUCACAUACGGCGGCGGCUCCUCCACACACUCUCUCAACGACGUCCACCUCCAGGAGAAGAGGAGUUCGGGCCCCAUCGAGAAGCCGAGGCUGCUGGCGCCGCGGCUGACGCUGCAGAAGUCUGUGUCGACGCCGUCCAUCCUGGCCGGUGUGACCACGCAGCCCGCGCAGCAGCAGCAGGCGCAGUCCACCUACCAGUACGAGGACGACUCCUCGAACAAGAGAAGAAAAAGAGGCUCCAUAUUCUUCAGGAAGAAGAAGGACAAGACGAAGAAGAGCUCGCACCAGUUCGUGUCCGUGUGCUACAGCAACUCCGCCACCUGCGACGUCUGCAACAAGCCCAUGACCAACAAGCCCGCCCUUCGCUGUGAAACAUGUCAGGUGUGUGUCCACGAGCACUCCUGCAAGGACCAGAUCUCCGACUGCUCCAAGCUGAAGAACCCCAAGCACAUCCAGUUGGCAGCAGGACUCACGACGCUGGUCAUCCAGAAGCCCGGUGGCACGGCCGGACUGACGACCACCACCAAGAGCGCGAGCCUGGGGUCGUACGCCACCACGGGGACGGGGGCGAGUGCAGGAGCCUCGUCCAAAACGCAGCAGGCGGUGGUGGCCCGGUCGAGGUCGUCGGCGGCCCACUCCUCCUCCCCGACACGGCCCACCAGUGUCUCCUCGCCCAGUGGCUGCGUGUCCUGGCCCGCUCGGCCCGCUAACCCCCCGGCCCGCCCCAACAGUGGCUGUGUGUCCAGCCCCGUCCGUAGACUCUCCGGCUUCUCCCAGUGGAAGCGAGUGGCUACAAAGUUGGGAGUCAACAAGGUACAGAGUGAGGAGAAGGAAGCAGAGCUCCUGCCCCAUGAUGUGGCUGACGCUAAUAUUCUGGAAGUCAACUCAGCAUCUAUGGAAUCCUUGGAUGAUGGUGGUAAUGAAGAGCCAAGUUUAGAUGACAUCGAUGCCGAUCCAGAGCUGAGAUUAUUAGAAAAGGAGCCUGACCUCUGGGUUCGUACAGUUGAAAAACAUGAAAUUGACAAAUUAACAGAGAAACAAGUGAAGAAGCAAGAGCACAUCCAUGAACUUAUAAUAACAGAAAAACACCACUGUCAUAUGCUCAAAGUUAUGCAGAAAGUACUUGCAGAGGGAAUGUCUCGCGAGCUUAACAUGCAAGAGUCAAGAAUAAAAAAAAUAUUCCCAUGUUUGGAUGAACUAAUUACAAUUCAUUGCUCAUUUCUUUGGCGAUUAAGACAAAGACAAAGAGGCAGCAAGUAUAUAGAAACAAUUGGCGACCUUUUACUAGAUCAAUUCAUGGGUGAUAAUGCCCAGGGGCUUAAAGAUGCUUACGGACAAUUUUGCUCACAACACCAAGAUGCUGUCUCUUUCUAUAAAGACAUGUACAAAAACGAUAAAAGAUUUCACGAUUUUAUCGUUCAAAAAUCUUCCCAUCCACUACUGAAGAGGAAGGGUAUCCCUGAAUGUAUAUUGUUCGUAACCCACAGAGUAACCAAAUAUCCUUUAAUUCUUGAAGCACUAUUGAAGUAUACUAUAGAUCAAAAGGAGGAGUCAGAAAUAUUAUCAAAAGCACUAAAUUUGGUAAAGGAAAUUCUUGUAAAUAUUAAUGCUCAAGUAGCUGAGAAGGAGAGAGAACAAAGAUUAUUAGAAAUUUAUCAUAAAAUCGAUGCAAAAUCUUCUGCAAUAUACAGGGAUAAAAAGUUCAAGAAAUCUGACUUCUUCUCCAGAAGUAGAAAGCUUAAGUUUGAAGGUUCUGCUAUGUUGUGUCAGCAGAAAGGAAAGCCAAUAUUGGUGCAAGUAGUGGUCCUUUCAGACUUAGUAUUUUUUCUUUUGGAAAAUAACCAGAAAUACUCCUUCUUCUCACCUGAUACUAAGCAAGCUGGUGUUUAUCCUCUAGGAAAAGUAUUACUUCGACAAAAGGCUGGUGAGGGGUCGCGGGCCAUCUACCUCAUCUAUAAGGCUCCUGCGGAAAUGUUUGAAUUUGAGUGUAUUCACCCAAAAGAUACAAAAAUAUGGCUUGAAUCCGUAGGCGAGGCCAUUCUCAACUGUCCCGUCGAGGAUGAUGUGGAUGACAACGCGGGUGAAUGCUCCAAACUGCAGGAGGCUAAUGAAAAAAUCAGGCAGCUCACUGGUGUCCUACAACACAAGGAUAAGGAGCUUGCAAGAUUAUGUGAAGAGAAAAUGAAUCUGGUGACAGAACUUCUAGAAUUAUUAGGGCAUGAUGAGCUCCCACCCACAGCGCAAUAUCGAGCGUUACUUGAUGAAAAUCAACUAGACCAUAAUGCUGCUCGGGAUCUCCAAAUAAAUUCACUCACUGAAGCGUUGAGAUUAGUUACUGGUGCUUGUGGGUGGGGUACAAACCUUGCCCGGUCAGUGAGCUCUGUUGGGGAACACCAGAGUGAUGCCUAUGUGUCACCAAGCCUACCUAAACGAGCAGAAACAUUCGGAGGCUUUGAUAAUCCAAAUAAAGAUGCCUCUGGUCACACUGCAAAACAACCAGGUGGUAAAAAGAAGAAAGACAGUCGAAUGUCUCUAACAUCAACUGCUGAGGGUGAUAUUAUAGAGAGCCUUAAGAAUCGUCGCCCCUCUGGCAGUACGCUAGCAGUCCGUACUUCACAGGAUAAUCUGAGUAUUGUCUCUUCCCUGUCUGGAGAUUCUGUCACCCAGCAGCAACAGCAGGAUAUGACAGCUAAACUCAUCAAUUGGCUUCAUAUCUCCUUAGUGUUGAGUCAACAUCAUCUAACACAGUAUGAUAUAUUGAGAUCAAAAUUAGUAAUUGGUGGCACAUCAGUAGAUGGUCAGUUCCGCCAUUCUCAGAAGCUAGAGGAGCUUCGUAACAUCCAAGAACAAAUCAGUCAUGAACGAGCACAGUGGACAAAAGAAAAAGAUGCUCAGGAAAAAUGGAUUUUGGAAAAGAAAAUAGAAAUUCAAAAGAAAGAGGAACAUUUACAUUCUGAGCAACAGGAUGUUCAGCAGCAACGUGAAACUCUGUAUCGGAAGCUAGAAGCCCUGAAGGCCCAGGGCAUCAUCCUUAGUCCCACACUAACUGUGUUGAACACUACUCCACCUACUCACUUCAUUCAUGAUGAACAUCACACAGGUGGGGGUGCAAGUGAUGGUGGGCAGAUGACUCAGGGAUCCCCACACAGUUCACCAACAAGUACAGCAGCUCCAGUGCGUCCACGUACUGACCAUAAGCACCGUAAUUCCACAGCUUCCAUGGGAAAUCUUAUUAAGCGAGAUUCCAAUCAAUCUUUACCAACACACCUCAUCUCGGCUGCCAAUCAGCAAAAAGCCUCUAUAUCAGUUAAACAACAACUACCAAUGAAAUUAGCAAAGCUUGGAAGCAGUAGUAGCUCAGGCUCUUCAUCGAGUAGCACAGGAGGGGCAUCCUCCCCAAAUCAAGAUCAUCAUCGACCUCAUAUAAGUCCAGCUGCCAGUGGUGGGGUGCAACAAAUGUUACCCUUAAAAUUAAGUCAAGGACCUGGAGAGAGUAAAGGUUCUCGUAUGUCCGUAGGAUACCAGCGCCUAGCAUCUCCUCCACCUUCCCUUCAGGAGCCAUCUCCUGGUCAUUUCCACCAGCGCACAGGUUCAUCCCCAGCAACACUACAGAAUGGAUCUCCAGCCACUAGUCCUGGUGCACCCCCAUCCACUGCCACCACCACUGCCCAGGGUGCUCGUGCCACCCGCACUAAUACAUACCCUAAGUUACCCAGCAAACCUGCGCCCACCACACGUGCUAACAUGACUCAAGAGGCACAGCAGGAAGGGUCUGGUAUGGGUUCCAGCACUCGCCCUGGCCAGCGUAUCAAAGACCCUGACACUGACCAAGACAUCAUAUUCUUCUAAGAGCUUCUUUAUAGUUAGCUUUUCUAGGGUUCAUAUAGUUUCAGUGGUAUAACGAUUCAGCUAUAUUUUUCUUUUAUCAGCAGAAUUGUUGUACUUCUGCCAGCCGUGAUUAGCGUCUGUCCCUGUGAUUAAGGCAUUCCUUCCUUUAUACACACCACCACACCACUGUUACAUGAUCCUUAGUGUUAUUAUUAUUAUUGUUAUUACUAGGUGUAUGCUGUGAGUCUGGGACUUGUACAUAAACACGUACACACCCACACACUGUCUUCCUGCUACUGGUACACAGCACUGGUGGAAGCUCGUACUUUCGUGUGAUAGAUGCACCCUGAAUUAUCCCUUGGCAGAUGCUGCUUACCAUGUAUUGAUGUGCAAGGUUGAUGGUUCAGUAGUCAUAUUAAGCUAUGAUAGUUACUUUUAUAUAAGAUGAAGAAUGAAAGUGAAGUAAAUGAUGUAAAAAGUUCAAUAUGUGUGACUCGGAUGGCUAUUUUUACAUACGUGUGAAAGACUUGACUGGUUGCACAUUCCUGUGGCCUUUACUGCCCUCCCCCCCAACCCCUUGCCUAGGGAAGGGAGCAGCCUCAAGGGGAGAGAGGCUGCUCGGCUUCCAAAAUGCAUUCUUGUGCGAGCUGCCUCGGGUGGUGUAAGUAUAGCUAAAGCGUACAAUUUUACGUCUAUUUAACAAGCUUUUUUUAUACAUCUUUCAUAUAAAUUAUUAGAAUUUUAAUUUAAGUAGAAUAUAUUUAAUGUAUACUCCAUGUAGCGAGGAUGACAGUGUGUACAUUCCAAAGAAAAAUGAUUUCCAUGUUGUAAUUGCUGUAUGUUAGCCCAGAGGGAAUAUAGGGUAUCGUAAUAUCUAACAUGUAUCUAGAAUUCAUUGUUUUCCUAAAGCUCAAUGUGUAUCAGCCAAAACUUCCAGGCAAGACUGGCAAAAACUAGGUUGGAAACGGUGUAUAGCCAGUGUAAUGCUACGUUAAGAUGGGGGUAAAUUUGUUGUGCUGAAUGUUUAGGUCAGUGUACAGUGUAAUUAAUUAUGACCAGCACAAAAAACAACAUUCCUAGGGGUCAUUUUUUUGUUGUGCAUUUGAUAGAACCUAACUUUGAUAAUGUGUACAGAUAUUUCUGCAGUAAAGUGUAAAAAUAGAUGAUAUGCAUCAAUUAUUGCUUCAUCUCUGUUGAUAUGAUCCUUGGCAAAGGAACUGCGUUGAGUUACUAAUAAGUCCAUAACUGUGACAGGAUCAGCAAAAGUGAGCUUUGACAACUUAAUUUGUAGAUAAUUUAAUAGUCAUAUUUCAGUGUCAUAAACAUUUCUGAGAUUUGGCCUAUUCAAGUUUUAAGGAGCUAUUUUUGCUGAUGUGUUACAUUAUAGUACCUCGGCUUAACUUGAUGGAAGCCAGAAAAAUCAAGGUUGCUGUUACCUUCCUCUUUGUUACUUUUAUAAGAGAGUUCUGCCGCAACACUCUAUCCAUAAGGCUACUUUUACUUUCAAUUGGAUGAUCAGUGGGCAUUGGAUGAAUAUUGUAUGUGGCUCCUUUUUUUUGUAUUUACAGUAUAGAAAAGGAGCCAUGUUAAAUAUGUCCAAUCCUGAGGUUUCCAACUCAUGUUCAUAUUUGGUCUUCCAUACCACUGUGCUGACUCUGCCUCAUAAGGCAGUCUGUGGCCACAUUCACCAAGAGUAGAUAUAGAUUACUUCAUGAUUCUCAUAUGUUUUAUGACAUCCUUCCUUUGCUAAAAACUAUUUAUCAUUUCACACCAUUCCUCACUGGAUGGGGAGUUAUCCCCCUGAGUGAGAAACAAUGUAGCUAGUCUGAAGCCCAGAAUAGCAGAGUUACUACCUCUGUGAUUCUUUGUUCAUACUAUUUUAAGUCAAGUCAGAGUAAGUUUAUUCUGCAUUUUAAAUAUGCUAAUAUUGAUUAUGCAGUCAUUAAUCAAUGAUAUUUCAGUUUAAUCCAUUUCCAUUAUUUUAAAAGAUUCAUCAACCUUUUUAAAUAUUUCUGAAAGCUCUGUAUGAGUAAUCUGCCUAUUAUUAAUAAAGGUAAUUUUUCACAAUAGAUGUCAAACCAACUUUGUCAUCAAGCUACCUAAUAAAUGAUAUGGCAACUCUCUCACCACUUCUUAAAACAAGUAAGGGUUCAGCUUCCCUGUUUAUCAAAAAAACAUUCCAUUAUUUACAGAAGUUGCUCCGGAAAUGUCACACUAAAAUUGACCACUGUUCUGUCCACUAGAAUAGUGUCCUGUGUUCCAGGGGGAAAAUAUCACUAUUCUCUUUUAAUCUAUUUAUUUUAACUCCAUAGCAGAUACCCAGCCCUCUGUGUAAACUAUAAACUAAAGUUGCAGUUUUCUGGCUGAAUUCUUCUGGCAUAAAUACUAUCAGUAAUAAAGUCCUCAAGAACUAACCUGGUGCUUGAAUAGUAUAUAGGAAAAUAGUGCAACUUUCAGGUCAUAAAGGGAGCUAUCUGGAACCAGUCAGCAUGAGUUAAAACUCUGGUGUGCCAUUUUUUGACAACAAUUUCAUUAUAACUAGGUAUCAGUAGAGCCUGGAGUCAGUUUGGCAGCAUGUGAUAUAAUGACAGAGGACAAGACUCGGUAAUGAGAAUAUAAGAGGUUGAUCUGAUAGGAAGAAGCUUUUGUUCUUAAACAAAAGCCUUUUAAUACUUUAUUUUGUGAAUAGAAGUCCAAGGAAUAAACUGUUUAUCAUGU